AUGGGCGGGAAGAACAAGCAGCGGACCAAGGGGAACCUGCGGCCGUCCAGCAGCGGCCGUGCCGCCGAGCUGUUGGCCAAAGAGCGGGGGACGGUCCCGGGCUUCCUCGGCUUCGGGACGUCCCCCAGCGACCUGGGCUACGUCCCCGCCGUCCAGGGGGCCGAGGAGAUGGACGGCCUGGUGGAGGCGGACUUCCGCGUGGUCCUCCGCAAGCUCUCCAAGAAGGACGUCACCACCAAGCUCAAAGCGAUGCAGGAGUUUGGAGCCAUGUGUCGAGAGAGAGACGCGGAGACCGUCAGAGGGGUCCUCCCGUACUGGCCCCGGAUCUACUGCAAAAUCUCCCUGGAUCACGACCGGCGGGUGCGGGAGGCCACCCAGCAGGCCUUCGAGGGGCUCAUCACCAAAGUCCGGAAGCACCUGGCCCCUCACCUGAAGACCCUCAUGGGCUUCUGGCUCAUGGCCCAGUGCGACCCCCACUCGCCCGCCGCCUCCGCCGCCCGGGCGGCCUUCGAGGCCGCCUUCCCCCCGGCCAAGCAGGCCGGAGCCGUGGCCUUCUGCCAGGACGAGAUCCUCGGCACGCUGCAGGACCACCUCCUGAAGGAGACCGCGGACACCGUCAGCGAUCCGCAAACCGUCCCGGAGGAAGAGAGGAAGGCCAAGUUCUUCCGCAUCCUGACCUGCUCCCUGCUGGCCCUGAAGAAGUUGCUCUGCCUGUUGCCGGGCUCCGAGGUCCCCUCGGUGGAGGAGAAGCUGAAACCCCUCCUGUCCCAGAGCAGGUUCUGGAAAUACGGCAGACACGACGCCCCUCAGGUGCGCGCCGCCUUCUUCGAGCUGGUGUCCGCGCUGUGCCGCCACUCGCCCCGCACGGCGAGGGACCAGGCGGCCCGGGUGUGCCCCGCCGUCCUCCUCGGCCUCGACGACGGCGACCCCGUGGUCUGCCCGGCCCUCUGGGAGGCCGCGCUCUACGUGCUGACCGCCGUGGAGGACUGCUGGAGCCAUGUGAACGCACGGAAGGGGGUGUUCCCCAAGCUGUGGGCCGUCCUGCGCGAGGGCGGCCGCGGGCUGGCCACCGUCGUCCACCCUCACCUCCUGCCCCUGGUCAGCAAGAUCCCCGCCGCCGUCACGGAGCCCAGGCUGGACUUUUUCCAGAACUUCUUCACCUCUGCGGUCCAGGGGCUGUCUUCGUCGGGGGCCGUGGCCAGCCCUUCGGAGCGGGCCGCCAUCUUCGCCGCCUUCAUGGAGUGCUGCCGCUUCGUCAUGCUGCAGAGCCUGGGCGCCGACGGCGAGGCCCCGGCCCUCCGCCAGAUGCUCAUCGAAAACCAGCUGGUCCCCCUGGUCGGAGCCGGCCUCCGAGACCCGCGGUGGCAGGACGGCCCGCUCUUCGCCCGGGCGGCCGCGGUCCUGGGCUCCUGGGAGGCGGCCGCGGAGAGCCCCGGGGAGGACCCGGAGGCCGCGGCGGCUUUGAACCAGGUCCUGUCCGGCCUCUGGGAGAGCCUGUCCCGCCUCUGCCGGGACAUCGUGGCCCAGCCCGAGGCCGACGCCGUGGCCCUGGCGGGGGUCUCCGGCCUGCUGCGGGCCCUCCGGGCCCCGGAGCCCGGGGUCCGGCGGGCGGGCGGGGUGCGCUUCGCCGACGGGCCCGCCCCCGAGGGGGACGCCCCCGGCCCGGCCCGGCCCGGCCCCGUCUCCGGCCGGCGGGCGGCCCCGCUGGAGGCCCUGGUCUGCCGGCUGGCCGCCCUGAGCCUCGCCCUCGUCAACGAGCACGGGUCCGCGCCCCACCUGGCCUUCCUCUCGGCCCUGCUGGACUCCUGCCCGUCCGACGCCGUGUUCCGGGUGCUGGCGGGCGACGGGGGCGAGGCCGGGGACCCCGCCGUGCGCUUCGUGGAGCGGAGGCUGCUGCCCUGGCUGGGCACCCACCGGCCGGAGGAGAUGGACGUCUUGGUGGACAUCCUGUACGGCGCCCUGCGCUGCUGCGGCGGCGGCGCCGCCGCGAGGGCGGGCCUCCUGGACCGUCUGGCCCAGGCCGAACUGCCGUGGGAGGCCGUCCUCCUUCAGGUCCUGCGGAAGGCCUGUUCCGGCCCCGCUCAGCUGGCCUUGGUGUCCGCGUGGCUACCGGGAGAGGUCCUCGGCCAGAGGCUGGUGGCCCUGGCCGACCUCCUGUGUGAUGCCGGCCCGGGGGCUUCGGCCGCCCCGGGGGACCGCGCCGGCCCCAGGUGGGCCCUGCUCGGCCUGGCCCUGUGCCCGCCCGCCGGAAGCGACUCCUGGAUCGGAGACGCCUACGUCUCCCGGAUCCUCGACCGGCUCGUGGCCACCCUGGCCGAAGCCGAGGCCCCCGGGGCCGGCGAGCGGCUGCCGUCAGCCGUCUGCGACCUGGCCUCGGACUUCUUCCGCUCGGCGGGCGGGCGGCCGCUCGCGGCCUCGGCCCAGGAGCUGCUGCUGACCGUCUUCCGGCUGUGCUGCCGGGCCCCGGCCGCCGCGCGCCUGUCGGACUCGCUGGUCUGCCGGCUGAAGAGGGCAUGGCGGUCCGGCCUCGGCUCUCUGGCCCUGCAGCUGGGCAGCGGCCGCGCCGCCGGCACGUUUCUGCCCGCGUCGGCCCGGUGGCUGAAGAGCCGGGUCCGGUCUUCUCCGCUGGACGUCAAGAGCCUUCAGGGGCUGCUGUCGCCGGCGGGGGAGAUCCUGGAGGUGCUGCUGGAGGCCGGCCCGGCCGCCGCCUCCCUCCUGGGCCUCUUCCUGGACGAGCUGCUGCCCGACCCUCACCAGUGGGCAACCAUGCGGCGGGCCCUCGCCCUCCAGUGGUGGCGCCGGCCCCUGCUGGAGGGGCGCUUCUGCUGGGACCCCGAGGCCUCCGCCGGGGCGGCCGGGGCGGCCGACUCGCCGGCGCUUCCCGCUCACCUCUGCUGUGCCGCCUUGGCCGGGGCGCUGCUGCUGCCGGCCCUGCGCCGCGACGCGCCUCUGCGGGACGGCGUCGCCCAGGAGACAGUUGCGGAGCUGCUGUACGCGCUGCAGUGGUGCGACGAGCUGGAAGCCCCGCCCGGCGAGCUCGCGGAGUACGGGGCCAUGCUUCAGACCGUGAGCAUUUCUUACGAGAAACUGAGUCACCUGGCUGACCUGAGCGGCCUCCUCCCUCUGCUGUUCGCCAGGGCCAGAGCCGACGGGGCCCUCUGGGCCCUGACGGUGGCUCGCCUGGUCCGCACGCGGAGGACGGCCCCCGCCGAAGUGAACCGCCUGUUGGUGACCCCGGACGGGUACGGCGGGGACCCCGCGCCCGACGCCCCCGGCUCUCCGGCGGGCGGCCCCCUUCCUCCCGGAGCCGGCCGGGGAAGGCCGGAGGGGCUCCCGCGGAUCGCGACGCGGCUGUUCCCCCUCACGGAGGGAAAGCUGCACACCAUUCAGUGCCUGUGCCCGUUCCUGCCCAAGGAGAACCAGGAAGAGCUGGUGGUUCAGUGCGCCGCCCGGCUUCUCACCUGCCCGGAGACGGACAUCUGCGACGUCGCCGGGGGCCUGGGCUACCUGGCCAUCGUCAACUCCUGCCUGAAAACGGCCCGCGUGGACGAGAGGGAGCGAGAGCACGGGAUCCUGAAGACCAUCCUGUCGUGGAAGAACGUGGACCGGGAGAUUUUCCUGUUCAGCCGCUCUCUGAAGGGGUGCGGCUCCACCCUGGUCCGGCUGAACGUGGAGAUGAUCCGCUUCAUCGCCCUGCUGCCCCGGGACGGCACCCCGCCCUGGACGCACGGCCAGUGGGACUUCAUCCUGUGCGCCAUGCUGUCCUGGCUGGAGAGCACGUGGGAGAGCCUGGCGUCGGACUCGCCCCCGCUGGUCCAGCUGUUCGCCUGCCUGAGCUGCGACCUGGCCAGCACGCUGAGCGCCCACUUCCAGAGCGGGGCCCCCGACGACGGCGGCCUCCCCGACAACCUGGCCGGCGAGUGGCGGGACUUCUUCUCCGAGGGCAUCCACAGGCUGCUGCUGCCGCUGCUGGUGGAGCUCACAGAGGAGAGCGCGGAGAGGCCGGAGACGCCCUUCCGGACGGCCCUGCUGGAGUCCCUGGGCCACGCGCUGACCUUCGUGUCGCGGGCCCAGCUGCUGGAGCACCGCCUCCCGUCCCGCCUGCUGCCCGGCCAGAGGACCAACCUGCCCGGCCCGCUGCAGUCGCUGCUCAACACCCUGGCCCCGCUGCUGCUGCGGGCCCCGGACCGGCCCGUCCAAGUCACCGCCUACCACAUGCUAGCCAAGUUGAUGUCCGAGCUGCCCCAGUUCGACGACGAAGAUCUCAGGUCCUACGGCGACGAAGAGGAGGAACCAGCUCUGUCCCCUCCCGCCGCCCUGAUGUCCGUCCUCGGCACCCAGGAAGACGUAGUGGACGACAUCCUGGACUGCGUGCCCGUCGGGGAGGCGGUGACCAUCCAGCCCCGGAGCCCGGAGUUCGGCCACGUGCUCGGCUACCUCCUGACCUGGAAGUUGGUGCUCAUUUUCUUCAAGGCGGCCUCCUCCCAGCUGCGGGUCCUCUACUCCCUGCACCUGCGGCGGACCAAAAGCCUCCAGAAGCUGCUGUACCACCUGUUCCGGCUCAUGCCCGCCUGCCCCGUCUACCCGGCGGCCCCCGGCGAGCCCCCGGCCAAGGAGCCCAAGACCUUCUUCACGGAGGAGCUCCGCCUGGACGUCAAAGGGACGGCGGCCCCGGCCUCGCUGAUCCCGCACCUGGCGUGCCGGGUGUACCGCGUGGCCCUGGAGGACCUGCCGGCCAUGGUGCGGCUCUGGUGGAACGGCUGCGACAAGCGCGUCUUCGGCCUCGUGGACAAGUUCACCAGCAGGCACGUGAGCGGCGCGCUGUCGGCCCACGAGAUCGCCUCGGUGCAGACCAGCGCCCAGCUCUUCAGCGGCAUGACGGUGAAGGCCCGCUCCGCCACCCGCGAGGUGGUGGCCACCUACUCGGUGGACGACAUCUUCAUCGAGCUGAUCAUCCAGCUGCCCCCCAACUACCCGCUGGGCUCCAUCGCGGUGGAGAGCGGGAAGCGGGUGGGCGUGGCGGUCCAGCAGUGGCGCACCUGGAUGCUGCAGCUGAGCACCUACCUCACGCACCAGAACGGCAGCAUCAUGGAGGGCCUGGCCCUGUGGAAGAACAACGUGGACAAGCGCUUCGAGGGGGUGGAGGACUGCAUGAUCUGCUUCUCCGUCAUCCACGGCUUCAACUACUCCCUCCCCAAGAAGGCCUGCAGGACCUGCAAGAAGAAAUUCCACUCGGCCUGCCUGUACAAGUGGUUCACCUCCAGCAACAAAUCCACCUGCCCCCUGUGCCGGGAGACGUUUUUCUGAGCGCCCGUCUCCGGCCUCGCCCCUCGGACACGCGCGUAUUUAAAAUCGCCGCCGGCGGGACCCCCGGGUUUUCGGAGGAUGCUCUUCAGGGGCCGGAGCCCCGGGGCCCCGCCAAGUGCCAAGAUCCGCGCGGACUCGCCCGCGGGACGCCUCCGCUCGGACAGCAGCACCCUCCCGUUCGGAAUAAAGGCCCCGCUGACCAG